CAUGCGCAGUACAAAUCGGGUAGUGACAGCAGCCCCGCUUCCCCCCGAUGCUAACGGCGUCGGGCUUAGCUGCUGCGGGAGCGUCAUGGCGGUGCACCGGGGACCCUCCAACAAAUGGCUCUUCUCCCGGGAGCAGCUAGACAACACGCCGUCCCGACGCUGCGGGAUUGAGGCGGACAAAGAGCUGUCGUACCGCCAGCAGGCCGCCAACCUCAUCCAGGACAUGGGCCAGAGACUCAACGUCUCUCAACUCAUCAUCAACACUGCUAUAGUUUAUAUGCACAGGUUUUAUAUGAUCCACUCCUUCAGCAAAUUCCAUAGGAAUGUCAUUUCACAGACCACGCUGUUCCUGGCAGCUAAAGUUGAAGAGCAACCCAGGAAGCUGGAGCACGUCAUUAAAAUCGCCCACGCCUGCAUUAACCCGCAAGAUCCCGCGCUCGACACCAAGAGCAAUACAUUCCUGCAGCUGUCACAGGAGCUGGUAGCACUGGAAACCAUCGUGCUCCAAACACUGGGUUUUGAAAUAACAAUUGAUCAUCCUCACACUGAUGUUGUGAAAUGUUCCCAGCUAGUGCGAGCAAGCAAGGAUUUGGCACAGACUUCCUAUUUCAUGGCUACCAACAGUUUGCACCUCACCACCUUCUGCCUGCAGUACAGACCCACAGUGGUGGCGUGUGUCUGCAUCCAUCUGGCCUGUAAGUGGUCCAACUGGGAGAUUCCUGUGUCCACAGAUGGCAAACACUGGUGGGAGUACGUGGACGGCACGGUGACGCUGCAGCUGCUGGACGAGCUCACGCACGAGUUUCUUCAGAUCCUGGAGAAGACGCCCAGCAGACUGAAGAGGAUAAGAAACUGGAGGGCGAUUCAAGCAGCAAAGAAGCCAAAGACGGACGGCUCGGGCGUGGACAGUGCCUACCAGGGAACGUCUUUAGACGGCCUGCCCGGUGUCGCCAACUCUUUCUUCCCCUCAUCAGACUCUUCGGACAUGCCCUUACUGAAUCACAUCGCCGCCUCGUACGCCUCCUACCAGCCGCUCGGUGACCCGUUCUCCCAGCCUCCUCACUCAGACUUCACUGUGGUCAAACACGAACACAAAGCUGCGGGCGGCGGCGGCGGCUCUGGUAGCAAACAGCAGCAGCAGCUCGGCGCCAAAGUCUCGCACAAAGUCUUGACUUUGGAAAAGUACAGGGAGAAACACGCGGUGGACGUGGCUUUGCAGAACGGUGUGAAGGAGGAGCCCGGCGCCGACAUGUACACGCCUCCUCCCACUGUCUCCACGCACCACCACAAGAAACGCUCGCAGCUGCAGCAGGGCGACGGCAGGAGAGAGAAGUCCAGCUCCAAAAAGUCUCGCCUGCCUCCUUCCCUCGCCGAGAACGGCUCCGCCACGAGCGAGGAGCUCAAGAUGAGAAUCAAAGUGUCGUCGGAUCGACGCGGCGGUUCUGAACAGGGCGGCAAGGACAAGCACAAAGAGCACGGCGGCCACCGCCACGCGAAACACGGACACUCGUAUUCCCUGAGCGGGAACAGCAGAGCGACGAUAGACGGCACCGCCCUGUCCAUACGAGCUCCUGCCGGCCUCUGUGCGGACGGCGGCUCGUCCGGCUCGUCCCGCAAGAGGCCGCACUCUGACGCCAACAACCAUCACCACCACCACCACCACCACCCGACCAAGAGCAGCAGGAGCUCCAAAGGAAGUCACUAUCCCUCAGAGGGAGGCCCGAGGAUGAUGGAGCACCACGGCCACGACGGAACCAACGGCGCGCUGACGGCCAACGGCCAACACACGGACUACAAAGACACUUUCGACAUGCUGGACUCUUUACUAAGUGCCCAAGGAAUGAGCUUGUAACCUCGGAGUCGCAGCGUGCGUCGAGAAUAAAAAGGUAUUAUCAUGUUCAAUAGAAUUUUAAAAAAGGAAGAGGAAAAAAAAGAUUUUAUUUGUCUUAAGUUAUCUGAAUGAUGUGUCGCCCCCCCACACCAUCCCCCCUGCCCGCCCGCCCGCCCGCCCGCCACCGUGUCCACACACUGAUCGCCAACAAUUCUCCUGGAAUGCAACGCGCGCGGGGUCGUUCGCUACUAGCUUGCAAACAAAAAGGAACCAUGAGGUGUUUCAAAGAGGGCGGCUGGAGUUUUAAAAACAUUUUAACGCGAGCGAAUGAUUUUUUUUUUUAAACGUGCAUGUUUUCGGUCACAAAAGGGACGACAUGGCUAGUGUUCGCAGCUGCUGUGACAGUUUACAGUUAUUAUAUUAUUAUUAUUAUUAUUUUGUAUGUUAAGACAUUAUGUUCCACUAAGAAUCUCAGGUCUUGAACUUUUUUGAUAUGAGAACGAAUCUUCCUCUGUUUGGGUUUGUGUCUGUGGAGACGCAGCGAGCGUUUGUCUGCACCAGAAAAACACGGUCUGCUUAUUUUUCAAAAACAAGAGAAACUGAAAUGUGAGAUUCCAUUUGCUGUCUUAUUCGCUGUCUUUAUUGGGAGAACUGCACCUGAACUCGCGGUGCGGACUCAUUAUCGAGCUACAGACGGAGUUUACGUUACAUCUGCUGUGAAAGUGCAUUUCAAAUUGUUUUUAAAACAAAAAAAAAAAAGGCUAAAAAUGCAAAAGGGCCUCGUGAUUGUACCUCGUCAAUCGCUCUUCAAAUAUACUACAUGUGAUAAGAAACUAUGAAAUGAAACCAUGUAAAUAAGGAGAAUGACUGUUCCUGCGUUCAGUGUCAUGAGAUCUAAAGCAGACUGUACUCAUCAACAUAUCCUGGAUGUGUGUGUGUGUACUGGGAGCCCAAAUAAAGGUGUAAACGUGA